UUCCAGACACAUCAAGUUUGCAUCUUUCAAUCUGUGCUACAAUAAUUAGAAAUCAUCAUCUAUAGCAUCUAACAUUAAUUAAAAAAUGGCUGCACUAACUUCAGUUAGCGCAGGCUCAACUUCUGCUUCUUUGCAGCAUCGAUUUCAUUCUGUAACAUAUUCAACUCCCACAGAAUUAGCAUCUGUUACAUGUAGCUUAGCUACCACAGUUAAGAGAAGAUCAUUCUCCUUGAGGCACAACCCUUCAACAACCCUCAGAAUCAGAUGUGCUGCUACUAAACCUGCUAAAUCACCAGCUGAAGAAGACUGGUCAACUAAAAGAGCUUAUUUGCUUGAGAAAAGGGUAAGGAGUGUAGAGGCAAAAGAAGCAUUCAGACUUCAGAAAGAGAACAAUUUUGUGAUUCUUGAUGUACGACCUGAGGCCGAGUUCAAAGAGGCUCAUCCAGAAGGAGCUAUUAAUGUCCAGAUAUACAGACUAAUAAAGGAAUGGACAGCAUGGGACAUUGCUAGGAGGGCUGCAUUCGCCUUUUUUGGCAUAUUUUCUGGAACUGAAGAAAAUCCUGAAUUCUUACAACUUGUUGAAUCAAAAAUAAAUAAGGAUGCAAAGAUAAUAGUCGCUUGCUCAUCCGGUGGUACAAUGAAGCCUACCCAAAAUCUUCCCGAGGGCCAACAAUCAAGGUCACUUAUUGCUGCAUAUUUGCUAGUUCUGAAUGGUUAUACUAAUGUAUUUCAUUUGGAGGGAGGAAUCUAUAACUGGUACAAAGAAGAAUUACCAACAGCUUCAGAAGAAUGAAGUUCAACCACCUAAACUCUAUCGGAUAAGAAUGCUAGCUGCUGUACCAUUUU